GCUUCAUAGUCUCUUUCCAGACCACUCAGUUUCUACAGAAGAAAGCAAGGUCGGAGGAAAACUGGGAAAGCUCUCAGAAAUGGCGUCGUCCACAGCAAAGCUCACGUUCCGCGUUGUAAUGGUGGGUCUGGUUCUUCUGCUUCUCUUCUACGUUGGUCGCCCUCUCUACUGGAAAAUCUCAGCAACUAUCCACGAUAUCCGAGAAAACAAACAGACCGUCAAGCAAGGAAUUUCGCAGAUCGUUCUUGAAGCCCAGAAAUCUGUUGGCUGGUACCACGACGAGUCGGAUUCGGGUAUCCGUGAUGUUAGGGUCGGGAAAAAAGCUGUGGCUCGGAGGCUUCUUUAAUCACCAGGUUUCGUGAAAGCUCCAAUUUUUAAAUUAAGAUUUUCUGUAAUUUUGAAAGUUGUUCACUGUUUGUAUUAGAUCUGAAUGGUGGAAAUAAUGGGGGGUCUUUGAUAUUCCCAAGAAAAAGUGGAAAAGAGAGGGGAAAAAAAAAAAUUGUAAACUUUUUUUGUUGGGUUAGUGAGUUCUAGUUUUGAGGAAUUUGUAAUGCUUUUUAUGAUUACUGAAAAAGAAUUUGUGUAACUAUAAUGCCGCGUACUGUGCUUUGAUUUUCAAUGGUUUUCUUUAGUAAAAAUGUAAAGCAUAAUCAUUAAGCUGUUGUAA